AUGUCGGCUUCACUUGCACCCGAAUGCAAUGAAGUCAAGGAACGAUAUGAUUCGUGCUUCUUGAAAUGGUAUAGCGAAAAAUACCUUCGAGGCAAAGGUACAACCGAUGAGUGUGAAUCUUUAUUCAAAGAUUACCGGAAAUGUUUAACGGGUGCAUUGAAAGAGCGUGGUAUUGACAAAAUGCUUGAGGAAGCACGAGAGGAUCAUAAGGAACAUGACGCCGUAAAUUUACGACGGCCUUAAUGAAAUGCAUGCAUGAUAUCAGACUGUACAUACAACACUACCACUCAUGCAUGGGAAAGGCGUUAGGAUGGUUUUGCAGGUUACGAUUGUAUUGUUGUUGGGGAAUUUAAAGUAUCUCAAAUUUAUAUGAUAUUGAUAUUCAAAGAAUAGGAACAUUUUAUACUCGCAAGCAAUGCAACAGCAUGGCAUGGAGUACUUUGAUAGCCACCAAAGUUUAGAUGGACAUUCCGGCUAGGGAACAUGACUUAUCGAAAGUGCAAGUUCUCUACGUCUAUUUAUUUCGGCAAUAUAGUGCAGCAUCACUCAUAUGUAUGACAUAUCGAUUGAUAUAGCUUUCAACAUUUU